CAGCGCGCUCAGCAUUUAUUUCGUGCGCAAGACUCGUACGCGUCGGACGUGCUCAGUAAUCAACGGAACUAACCAAACAUACAAACAAGUGCGCAAACGUAUCACCGCGUGUGUAAUUUAAGCAAGAAUUUACGAAUUGAAUCAAAGAAAGUUAUUUGGGCGUAGAAAAAACAAAAUGUCCCUGAAAAUAUUCGCUAUUUUGUUCGUGGCUGUUAUUGGUGUUAGUCAUGCGUCACCAGCUUUUGAUUCCGAUGAAGUCGAACAAUUCAAUCCGUUUGGUUCGGGACGUUCAGUUCGCCCAAACCGAUUCGAUGGUGGAUUCGGCGACUGGGGCAUCUUCGCAUUGCCUGACUUUAGCGCAUUUCAAGAUUAUAUAAACCGUAUCAGAGCCAGUAUCGCAGCCACCAUUGCUGGAGCAGGCCAAGGAAUUGACCUAAGUAAAGGCAAUACUACAUCAGAAACCAAAAUCAUUGAUGGAAAUCGUGUAACAGUCAAUCGCACUGAAUACAACGAAAAUGGCGUCCAUGUUGUGGUGAAAAACGUCGAAGUAAAACCAGUUGGCGAUAGUGGCGAAGACGUAAACAGCGCUAAUCCUACCGGAUCUACCCCAGCCACUGGUACCACUGGUACUUCCGCCGGAAGCACUGCAGCGCCACGUGAGGAUAUUGAAACGUUCGGAGAGGGCGACAACGAGCUGGCCAGAAGCGUUGAAAGUCUGGAAAUUUGGGACGAUAUCGACUCUCAUAAUAACAUCGAAAUUGAAACUCUGGACAAAUUUCCAAUCGAAGCGGAUUUAAGCAACGACAUCAACGUCAACAAAAAUGCGAACAAACAAUACAACGAUGAAGAUGUUGAAGAAUUCGAUGUGAAUUCUAUUCAUGAAACACCCAGGAUCAAAACAAACGAAGAUAAAAUGCAAAAUAUGCCUUUGAAAGAAAAUGUUGAAGUUUUUCACGAUUUGAGCGGUGAUACAUACGUGAAUGAUUUGUUAGCACGCAAAAUGGCGGCUGAGAACUGGGGACACCAUCAAAAACAGCCAAUUUCUUACCAGGCUCGUCCUUAUCAUGACUUAAGUCGUGAUACUUACGUCAAUGAAAUGGCAGCGCGACGUGGCAUGACAAAUAAUCCAGACGCUGAAGAAUUUCCAAUCAGAUAUCAAGCUUAUCCGUAUCAGGUGUUUCCUGCUGAUGUUACUAGCUAUCGCGAUUUGAGUCGUGACACUUAUGUGAAUGAUCUUCCUGCACGUCAAGGUGUACCGAAGAAUCCAGACGCAGAAGAACUUGAAGUUGAGUUGUUGAAUCCCGCCGAGUUUAGUAACAACGCGCUGAGAAAACGGCAUUCGUAGAAAAUCGAAUAUACGCGAUGUUAUUCUUAAUUUAAAACAAAUAGCGGUACGAUCUGUGUCCUGUGAUAUGACGAGUGGAAAAUCGAAAAACAAAAAUAAUCGAAGCAUCAUCACACAUUUUACAUUUUAGAAGUAGAUAGUACGCCUAUGAUUUUAUUUAUAAUCGAGCCUCAUCUUUAUUACAUUAAUAAAUAAUUAGAUUAGCCGCGUAUUUAUUUCGUGUAUUUUUUCAUUGUUUAGUUCUAGUUGUAACAUUUGAUGUUUGAGAUUGUUGACGAUGAGGAAACAUCGAAUAUUCGAUCAAUAUUUAUGUGUAAUUUUAAGUUUGACGGGUUUGUAAUCUGAAUAAAACAAUUUUUUAUGGUAAA